GCGGGCGGCAAAAUGUGCCAGAAUGUUCCCGGGAUGGAGCUAAAGCCACAGAACGUCAUUAUAUCCUCCCUCCUCUCGCCGCCUCUCCUCCGUCUUCUUGUCAUCGUCGUGCCACCUGCACUUUCGACUUCGAUCAUCAAAGAACGAUGGCGUUCAUGCUGAAGCGUCCGUUUGCCAUUACGACUGCCCUCAAACAGGCGCCGUCAAAGGCCACAACAAACUCGUUUCGCUACCUUCACAACCUACCACUCGCAAAGUCGCAACCGAUCCUCUCGCAAAUCCGCACCAUCCCAUCCGUGUCAAAGUCGCAGAAUGUAUUCCGUCAAACGUUUCGAAGAAGCUACCAGACCCAAGGCAUCCCUUCCCUUCAAGCAUCUGGCGACAUGAAGCAAAGGCUACUCUACGGCGCAGGCAUCUUCGGCGGAACUCUUCUGGCUAUCAACCUGGUCUUCAACCGCGAAACAAGAGAAGAUGGCGGUAUGCCUCAUUAUGAGCGCAGCUACCUGAAUGAGACGUUCAUGCACACCGGUCUUGGUCUCGGCAUAAUCGGUGUCGCCGCGAGCGCUCUUCACCGCAGUGCGUGGAGCUACCGACUUAUGUCUGCCAACCCCUGGCUCGUUAUGGGAUUGGGCCUUGUUGGUUCCAUUGGCACGAUGUAUGGCUGUAUGGCUACUAGUCCCGACAACUAUGUUCAGAAAUAUGCACUGUGGGCCGGCUUCAACGUCGUUCAAGCAGCUCUCCUUUCUCCGCUCUUGUUUAUGUCGCCCGCCCUCCUCGCUCGCGCUGGUCUCUAUACUGUUGGAAUGAUGGGUAGUAUUGCUUUCGUUGGCGCCACUGCUAAGCAAGAAAAGUACCUUUACCUUGGUGGACCUCUUCUCGCGGGCGUGGCAAUUGUCGCUCUUUCCGGUCUUGCCCCUCUCGUUGUUCCCGCCACUGCUGCCCGUACCCUGAUGUGGACUGAGAAUAUCUGGUUGUACGGCGGACUAGCUGUCUUUGGUGGCUUCACUCUGUAUGACGUGCAGAAGGUGUUGCACCACGCUCGUCUUGCAGAGCAGGGUAUGGUGCCCAGAGAUCCAGUCAAGGAGAGCAUCAGCCUUGAGCUCGACUUUAUCAACAUCUUCAUCCGCAUGGUCCAGAUUCUAGGGAUGAGCCAGAGGAGGAAAUAGAUGAACAAAUAGCUACGUGAAGAUUGGGAAUUAGCGAGUGUACA